AUGGACGGCAGAGAUGUUGUGCCUGACAUCGGGAUACAGAGUUCUCGCUGGGGGCCGAACUCCAAGGCGACACGGCGGGCGACCCUGCGCCGCCAUCCACCUCCGCCCCCAGGCCGCGCCUCCGGUGGCUGCCGCCGUGGCGAAGAUCCGGGCAGCGGCAGCGGCCUGCUCUACUCAGCUCGCCCCUCCCUCGCCCACCUACCUAUCUCUUCCCCUCCGCCUCCCACCUCCUCUCGGCCACAAACCUCGUCGCGCCCUUCACCGCCGCCGGCCACCGGGGCUGGAUCCGGCCUUCUCCUCGCCGGAUCUGAGGUACCCAGCCCGGAUCGAAUCAGGUGGGUUCGCGUCGUCGCCGCCGCCGCUUGCCCCGGGGUGACAUGCCUCGCUCGUCCCUCGGCCGGAGAUUUCAGGUGCGGCGACCUCCCCCACCUCAGCAUCCUCGUCGCGCUGCUCGGCCCGGCGCCCCCCGCGCGCCGGCGGGCCUUCUGCGCUCCCCGAGCAGCCGAACAAAGCAAUCUCCAGAGCACUCCCCAUGGCGACGGGAGCUGCGGCGGCCCCUGUGGCCCUGUCGUUCUGACUGUAGUGCCGAGGGUGGUCAUCCCCUGCCAUGGCUGCAAGAAUAAGGUCCGGAAGGUGCUCAGGAGCGUCGAAGGUGUGCAGAGCGUGAUGGUGGAAGCCGCGCAGCUCAAGGUGACGGUGACGGGCACCAUGGACGUCGCCACGCUCGUCCAGAGGCUGCACAAGUCCGGCAAGAACGGGAUUGAAUCGAUGGGAGCAUUGAGGCAUCAAAUUAUGGAGCACCGUGCUUCUACAACCAGUCAAUCUGAGUUCAGCGCUGGGAAUCGACGGAUCGCUGAUGCUGCUGCACAAGAACAGGUAGAUCAUCUGCUAGAUCUCUCUUCAAGCACACAAUACAAGUUGCAUAAUCGAUCUGUGAUCACAGAGGCCAGGCCUGGCAACGGCGGCAAGGUGCAGCAAGGGCCGUGUUCUGCACCGCAACAGUUUCUCUCUUGCACCAUAUCAACGAGGCAGCUGCAGCUACGACCACAAGGACAAGACCGAGGACAUUAGCAAGCUCAAACAAUUGCACGACAUGAUAUUUAUGGAGUAAUAAUUUACGUGUAGCUUGAAACACUUAAAAUACAUGUACUACUGAGCAUGUGCUGAUCAAGCUAAAAUUUUGCAUGAAAAUAAUGAUAGCAUGAUGUACUCCGUAGCUAUCACAAGUUUAGUGCAAAAUAUAUGUGCAUGCAUCAAAGAAUUUGAGAUUUCUUACUCUGUAAAAUUGCAUGCAUCAUAUAGAAUUUGCACCAAAAUAUGUGCAUAUUAUCUAUCAUUCAUUUUUUUAAUAUUUUUUGAUAUAUGAAAAUGAUGUGUAUAUCCAUGUUA